AUGCAGAGCCACAACAGCAACAACCACUGCGCGCUGGGCAUGCAAGAGCGGCUCUCGGUCGUCUCGGCUACCGUCGACAAGGCCCAGGAAGUGCUCGGUCUUCUCUCGCAGUACGUCGUCGUCGGCCUCAUGCUCGGUGCGCUGCCCAACAUGACGUACCCCGUCUUUACGGGCUACUUUCACAUGACGUGCACAACUCGGCCAAGACGCUCCUCAUCAUCGACUGGUAAGGCGUUCAUUGGCAUGAUCUCGGACUGCGUGCCCAUUUACGGCUACCGGCGCAAGUCGUGGAUGAUGCUUGGCUGGUGUGGCGCGUUCAUCUGCCUCCUCGCGGCCCAGAACGCGACCAUCAACCUGGAUGCGCCUGUCCAAGGCGGCGUCGUCUCGCUUCUCUUUGGUGUCGCGACCAUUUUGUAUGUGUUUGCAGAGGUGCCCGCGGACGCGCUGUCGCUGGUCUACACGACGCGCACCGUGUCAUCGCCGCCUUUUGCAUGA